UCGCCCCACCGUUUGUCGCUACGGAGGCCGAGAAGCAAAGAUGUGGGCACGGGCGGCGAGGGUGCAAUUUCGGGCUCCUCUGGACCCGGGCCGAAGUUUUGCUUCCAAAGUGGGUCCACGGGGAAAGGUCCAGGCGGCGGACCCGAGGACCCAGGCUCCACGCCUAGUCCCGCAGGGCACCGGUCGCGUGUCCGCCGCGGUAGUCGAGCAUCUGGAGCGGCUGGCACUGGUGAACUUCAGCAGCCGCGAGGCGGUGGACCGGCUAGAGAAAGCCGUGGCCUUUGCCGACCAGCUGCACGCCGUGGACACCGACGGGGUGGAGCCGCUGGAGUCGGUACUGGAGGACAGAUGUCUCUACCUGAGAUCUGACAAGGUAGCCGAAGGCGGCUGUGCAGAAGAACUACUACAGAACUCAAACCACGUUGUGGAGGAGUACUUUGUGGCCCCCCCAGGUAACAUUCCUUUGCCAGACAUGGUGGGCAAGGUCCCUUCUUCCACAGCAGAGUAGCUGUUCUGGGAGGGGUACCCUGUCAACAUCGUGGACUCACAGGGGUGGCCAUCUGCUACUGUGAAUUCUAGCAUAAUGGACAUUUACCACUUCCUGGUAAUCGAUCUGAAGACAGAGCUAGAAAACUCAGCUAACGGAAAACUACAAGCCCCCUUCGUGGAUGUGGAUCAAAUGCUCAGGCCUGUUCUGUAUGGAAAACAUCUUCCUCCUUUGUCUGCCCCUAAAAACACUACCUUGUCAAAACGUAUCCAUGUGGACUUUUCUGUUUACAUGUAAGACACAGAUGACCUGUGUUGCUUUUCCACCAGCUCCGUGGAGAGCCAGCCCAUCACCAUCUGUUUCUGGGUACCCACUCACCUUAUUCCUACAUAGGGCUUGUUUUAUGGCUAGAUUUGAGUAAUAUCAAAGUAAACUACAGCAUGGGAUCUCCUCA